AUGGGCGCCCUGUUAGCAUGGAUAAUUCUCGGCCUGACCCUUAAGUGCGGACGAAUUGCGGCCGGCACCCCAAUUGUCAGCUCCACAUCCGCCAUCGCCAUCGCAUUACCUUCGCCCCGCUAUGAAAGCAAGAAACGCAAGGUUCACGUACAUGUAGGCCAAACCAGUAUGCCAUCAUUGGUUAGCUUGGACCAAAGUCUUCCAGGGUCUGCAGAUGAGGAGAGUACAUGCUCAGUGCAUAUGGCGGAAAGACUGAGCAAGCUUGAGCAGCUCUUUGAAAGAUUUGUGUGUCGCAAGAGUUCGACGAAUGGCACACCGAGUGGGCUGCAAAGUCCGCCCUUGACUGCGUCAGGAUCGAGCGAGAAGAUCAACAGAUGGUGUAGGUUAGGCUUGUCAAACGAUGUGCGGAGUGAGUCGUCGAUAGGAGACGGCAUUCAGCAGCUUGGUGCACAAACAUGGACUUCGGCACCUUCGAUACAGACGCUUGUGGAUAAGCAAGGGCGCAAAGAAUCGUUUGAGGUAUAUGACCAUGCCCAUCGAUCGUUGGUGGCACUGCUGCCAUCACAACGCGACGCGGAUAUUGUGUUCGAGUCAUCGAACGGCUGGAUGAUACUCGAGAACAUGUAUCGAGCGUCGGAAGAUAUCUAUGUACGCAAAGACAUGCAGUCAUACGCCCUCGACAUGCAAGCAGUUGCUCAGGAAAGAUCAAUCAUUGUGGCUCGGACGCUUCUGCACUUGGCCAUCUGUCUCAACUCACUCCCGGCCGACUUUGAUAUAUCGCGACUGUCAAGCAUACACGACUUGGAUGCGACCGUGCAGAGCUAUGUUGCAACGGUCACAUCUAUUGUUGCCUCGUCAGACGAACAGAUGAUGACACUGCAUGGGCUUGAGACACUGCUUCUACUCGCAUUCUACCACCUAACUAACGCAUCAAUGAGGCAGUCGUGGCUCGUCGUUCGACGCGGCCUCAAUCUGGCCCAUCUCAUGGGAUUCCAGCGCAUCAUAACACAACCAGACCACAAGCCACCGAUUCCGACGGUGUCGAAUGCAAAGGGCAUAUGGCGUAGCUUUGUUGAUGUGGACCGGUAUUUGUGUCUGCAUCUUCGGCUUCCUUUUGGGGCGGAGAAUUAUCCAGUGCCAGCGGAAGCGGACUCGCAUCUUCAACACCGUGCGAAGCUCAACGAAAUCACCCAGCAGGUGGCGGAGCUGGACCGCGAAGUAUCACCGCAAGGAUACUCUACAGCACUUAAGCUGGAUGAGAAGCUCGAGAUGUACAUGCGACAAAUGCCAAAAGAGUUUUGGGAGGUGCCAAAUAUUCCGCCUACAGCACGAUCGCCUGAAUCGUCAGCAGCACUGGAGCGACUGAUAGUGCAGAUAUUUCACUUCGAGACACGGAUGUUUAUUCACCUGCCAUACUUACUGCGAGCUCAACAGGACAAGCGAUACGACUACUCAAAGGUGACGGCACUGCACGCAAGUCGCAACGUCUUGAUGCGAUGGUUUGCGCUCCGAAACGCCAACAUGACACAGGCGUGCUGUCGACUGGCGGAGACGGCCGUGUUCAUUGCGGCCGUGACGCUGACGUUGGACAUUGUGAUUGAACUGAGCUCAAAGGACAAGAUGGAGGUGCAACAGACAAAGGGAACGGAUUUUGCCAUGCUAUGCCGAUUGAUUGGCGAGAUGGAGAAGCUGGCCAAGGCAGGAGGAGCCCGGGAAAGGAUAGCAGGUCGCAGUGCCAUUGCACUGAAGAAGCUGCUAUCGUCGUUGGAUCCGAACCGACAGGGAACGGGGAGCACACGACACACGCUGCCAUUUUUCGGGACAGUGGAGCUCGAGUUUAAAAAGCCGCCGGUACGGACGGGGUUCGACAUUGACUCGGACGCCGGGAAGCUGAUGAAUGCGACGGCAUCUGGCGAUCGUCUGCCCAUCUUCUCGUUUACUCACAAUUCGCUGUGGCCAACAUCGGGAUGCGGGACAGGAUCGAAGGUGGACUGGGACAUUGUGCUGUUUGAUGGAUUGGAGGAUCAAGACACGGAGGGCAACUGGGUGUUCUAG